CCGUGUGUCGGUGUGUCCAGUGUCUUAACACAACACACGAUACAUUGUCGAUAUAUUUCAACCCGAGUGUUUCACAAUCACUCCGUGAACAUUCCUUUUUCUCUCUACACAUUUGGACUUGGCAAUGAGAGAAAAAAAAAUCAAUUUCGUGUCAUAUACCGUUUUUCGUAUUAUAAUUAAUUAAAAAAAAAAAGUAUUUACCGCGCCUUCUUAUUAUAAAUACGUGCACAUUUUCAGUUAGGGGAAUUUUUUUUCUUUUCACCUCUGAAAAUUUAUAAAGUGUAAUAUAAAACAUAUUGAAUUUUUUUUUUCAGUAUUUUAAAAAUCGUAUAUAUAUAUAUAGUCAUUUUUUGGUGCCGUGUGUUCCUCUCUCGUUUGUGUGUUCCACACGUUAUGUAGACUUUUUCCUUGUAUGAUUAUUAAUCAUAAUAUCACACUGAUUGUUUAUUCGGGGAAGUUUUCAAAACAAACUAUUGAUUCUGAAUAAAUAAAAGAGUUGUUUGCUGUGUUUAAAUGAAUUAUUAACAUUUUACCGGCUCAUGUGACUUUUUCCUAUGCGUAAAACUUAACCUCAAUUAUAUUUAUCGCCGGGUUUUCAGUGCGUUAACAAGAGGAAAAAAAGUGCUUUAUUAUCGAUUCUUUGGAAUUGAAAAUAUCUUUUUCCACGUGGGGUUCGAAACUAUUUUUCUACGACAGUUAUAGGUGAAAAGAAACAAAAAAAAUGGAUUACAGGGAAGUAACACUACCAAAUUAUUCCUAUGUGUUCAAUUUUGAGGAGAAAUUUAUUCAUCAAGACACGAGGAUAUGGAUGAGAAAAAAUUGGACAAAUGGCUUUUAUUUUUGUGGUAUUUAUAUGAUAUUAAUAUUUGGCGGUCAACAUUUUAUGGCGAGCCGACCAAAGUAUAAUUUAAGGGGUGUACUGAGUUUGUGGAACACUCUAUUAGCGUCAUUUUCUAUUAUUGGAUUCACGAGAACUGCUCCUGAAUUGAUUCACACAUUAAGAAAUUAUGGACUUUAUCACAGUGUCUGCAUACCAAGUUUCAUCGAACAAGAUCGUGUCUCGGGAUUUUGGACAUGGAUGUUUGUCCUUUCAAAAUUACCGGAACUCGGCGACACCGUAUUCAUUGUACUUCGUAAGCAACCAUUAAUAUUUCUUCAUUGGUAUCAUCAUAUAACCGUUCUACUUUAUUCAUGGUUCUCGUACACCGAAUACACAGCGUCGGCACGAUGGUUCGUUGUCAUGAAUUAUUUUGUUCAUUCAAUAAUGUACACGUACUAUGCCCUCAGGGCGAUGCGUUACUCGCCACCGAAAAUGAUAUCAAUGGUGAUCACUGCAUUGCAAUUGUCGCAAAUGGUCGUCGGUUGCGCAAUCAAUGUUUGGGCCUAUCAAUAUCUCGAGAGCAGCCAAACUGAAUGUCACAUCACGAGUUUAAAUGUCAAGUACAGUUUAACAAUGUAUUUCAGUUAUUUUGUAUUGUUCGCGAGGUUCUUUCACAAGGCGUAUUUGGGCGGCUCAAGAACCAAGUCCGAGAGGAAGCUCUAUACAAAUGGCACUCCUCAUAUUGCUGCUGAUUUUAGUAAUAAUAGUAAGCUCAAAGCUAAUUAAAUUUAAAACAAACAAACAAACAAACAAAAUAUUAUCGAGAAAAUGCGAGAGAAAAAGAAAA